AUGUUUCCUGACAUACUACACAACAAAUUUCCAACUGAGUAUGUACCAAUGGUUUUUGACAACUAUGAAGUCACUGUUAUGAUUGGUGGAGAACCAUAUACUCUUGGACUUUUUGAUACUGCAGGACAAGAGGAUUAUGAUAGAUUAGGGCCACUGAGUUACCCACAAACAGAUGCAUUUCUAGUCUGUAUUUCAGUGGUAUCUCAGUCCUCAUUUGAAAAUGUGAAAGAAAAGUGGGUGCCUGAGAUAACUCACCACUGUCCAAAGACUCCUUUCUUGCCUCUUGGGAUCCAAAUUGAUUUCAGAGAUGACCCCUCUACUAUUGAUAAACUUGCCAAGAACAAACGGAAGCCUAUUACUCCAGAGACUGCUGAAAAGCUGGCCCAUGACCUGAAAGCUGUCAAGUAUGUAGAGUGUUCUGCACUCACACAGAAAGGCCUAUGAAAUGUAUCUGACUAAGCAAUAUUGGCUGACCUGGAGCCCCCAGAACCAAAGAAGAGCCGCAGGUGUGUGCUGCUAUGA